GCGCCUGGCUACACCUUCUGUCUGUCGGCCUAGAUGUGAGGAGAUCGUCCGCCCUUCCUUCCAGAGGAAACUCGCACUGACGUAAAGAAACCAGAGCAGGCAGAGCUCAGUGUUAAUUAGGCGCUUUAAUGCCACUGUUUUACUGAAACUACGUCCUCCCGCAUUCCCGUCACUACAUUAUCCGCGUUUGGUGACUGCAGGGCGGACAGGAAAAAACACAGCUACCGACAGAGCUACUGACGAGAGGUAAAACCAGCGGUGUGUAACCUGGGUUUUGGCAUGGCUGAUCUGCUGAGGCUGCUGCUCCGGGUGGCUGAGAAGGCAGCUAACGUGGCUCGGGUCUGCAGGCAGGAGGCUCCCCUCUUCCAGCUCCUUGUUCAAGAGAAGACCGGAGAUGACAAGAACAAGAAGUUUGUCCAGGACUUCAAGACGCUUGCUGACGUGGUGAUCCAGGAGAUGAUCAGGCAUGAUGUUGGUGCAAAGUUCCCUGAGAUGGCUGGCUUCAUUAAUGGAGAGGAGUCCAACAAGUUUGAAAAUGGGCUUGGAGAGAGUGUGAUAGUCACAGUGUGCGGUACGGAGGAGGAAACCGCGGCGCUGCUGGCCACGGUGCUGGACGGUGACCACACAGCAGCGUCUCUGCUGGCUCGAGCCAUCCACCAGGAUCCAGUGACCAUCGAUGCCAGCACAGACGGUCUGACGGUGCCACUCAGCCCCUCUGAGCUCGGCAUCUGGAUCGACCCUAUAGAUGCUACCAGCCAGUACAUAGAGGGCAAAGAGGAGGUGCUGGAGGAGGGCCACCUGUCUCCUUCAGGUCUGCACUGUGCUUUGGUCCUCAUCGGGGUUUAUCUACGGAGCACAGGCGAGCCCGUCAUGGGCGUCAUCAACCAGCCGUUCAACUAUAAAGAUCCAGCAGGUGGAGGCUGGAGGGGGAAGCAUUUCUGGGGGGUGUCCUGCGGCAGCAUCAAUGUCUGCUCUGUGUCUCGGCCUAAAGAAGGACCAGGAGGGGGGCUGUCUGUGGUACUGAGCUCCAGUGAGAAGCAGGUGGUAAAGGAAGCCCUGAGCUCGCUGUGCGGCCCUGACAAGCUGAUGUACGCCUCUGGAGCCGGCUACAAGAUCCUGUGUGUCAUUCAGGGCCUAGCUGAUGCUUACGUCCUCUCAGAGGGAAGCACCUUCAAGUGGGACUCCUGCGCUCCUCACGCCCUGCUCCGAGCCCUCGGAGGCGGGGUGGUGGACCUUAAAAAGUGUCUACAGAACAGCUCUGCACCACAGGAUCACCAGGCAGAACUGACCUACCACCAGUCUUACACUGAGUGUAAAGGAGCUGACCGUUGGGCCAACCACGGCGGCUUGGUGGCUUAUCGAGACUGUUCUCAGCUCUGCAACAUCAUGGGAACUCUGAAAGGCAAGCUGUAGUUGAAAGAGCAGUGAAUGUCAAUCAGCACGACCUGACACAGUUAUUGUUGCUAUAUGAUCAUAUUCAUGUUUUCUAUAUUAGUAGACAGAGAGGGUUGGGGGUACAGAGUGAAAUAUGAAGUAAUAUUUUAAAUAUAAAUGAUACUGUCUUUUUUUAACCAGAUAUAUUUGCAAGUGUAUAUAUCACAAGAUGAGCAUCUGGUCUGGGCCAAAUAAUGUUUUCACAUAGUGUCUUGUCUUUGGUUUUAAUUACAUACGUCUUACAAACUUCACAAGGCUGUUAGGAUUCAAGUUAGAGAGAUUUGUUCAGAAGUCGAAAUAACAUUUUGAGUACAAAAAAAACAGGUGAUGCCUAUCAAUCAGAUGCAAAAUAUAAAGAAGCCUGUUUUGCUCUCAGGUUUAUUGUUAAAGGUCCAGUGUGAAGGAUUUAUGGGGACAUAAUGGCAGAAAUGGAAUUUGUUUUGAAAUUGUUUUCUUGUGUGUAUAAUCACCUGAAAAUAAGAAUCAUGUUUUAGUUACCUUGAAAUAAGCCAUUUAUAUCUACAUAGGGAGCAGGUCCAUCAUCCAAUAGGAUGAUUUGAGAGGCGGGCCUUUUGUGGUGGUCACGAUAACAAGUUUGCAAUUGGUAAACAAUGGAGGAGAAACUGGUGGUAGCAGUUGCGAAAAACCCAGAGCUAUAUGGCUCGACGAUAGACAGCAGGUUGUCAAACUGCCGCUGAGUCAUCCUAACAUAUGCCUGGAAACAUCCAUCAUCGAGGCGAAGCUCCUGGACCACACAGGUCUCCGUUUCCCUGUGCCCAACAAACUACUUACUCAUAGCCUCUCAUCCUCAACCAGAGCUACAGCAAGGACCCUCUGCCUGUCCAUUCCAAUAACUAGCUACUGAUUACUAUGAAAUAAAUAAAAUGAAUGAAUUCAUCGUAGAUUGAUUACACAGAAAGGUUAGGAUGAGGUGAUGGCAUGGUUGCCUGG